AUGGCCGAUAAAUCUGUCACGGCGGCGCAGCACUACGAGCCCGACCCCGACGCGUACGUGCAAUUCCAGCGCGCCAUCUACGCGGGGCUGCGCAAACCUCAAUACUCCACCAAGCCGCAGGAAUGGGAGAACGCGGCGCGCGCCGCGAUCCCGCUGGCCAACUUCCUCUACGUGUUCGGCGCCGCCAGCAGCGAGGCCACGCACGCGGCCAACCGCGCCGCGUUCGACCGCUUCCGGCUGCGGCCCAGCAUGCUGGUGCAGGCGACGCGGCGCAGCAUGGCGGUCGAGUUGUUCGGGAAGACGUAUAAUAGUCCGCUGCUGGUGGCGCCGAUCGGGGUGCAGGAGAUUGUGCACGCGGAGGCGGAGGAGGCGACGGCGCGGGCGGCGCGGGCGGUGGGGGUGCCGAUGAUUCUAUCGACGGCGGCGACGCGCAGUAUCGAGCAAGUCGCCGCGGCGAACGGGGAUGGCGACCGCUGGUUCCAGCUGUACUGGCCGAAGCCGGCGGCGGAGUCGUUCACGGCGUCGCUGCUGCAGCGCGCGAAGGAUAACGGGUUCAGCGUGCUGGUGGUCACGCUGGACACGUUCCAGAUCGGGUGGCGGCCGCAGGACCUGGACGAGGCGUAUCUGCCGUUCAUCUGGGGCCAGGGGUGCGCGGUGGGGUUCUCAGACCCGGAGUUCCAGCGGCUGUGGGCGGCGCAGCAGGCGGCGGACACGCGGACGGCGGGGCAGAAGCUGGCGGAGCUGUGGGGCGUGGUGCGGCGGCCGGGCAGCGUGUUUGGCGCGGCCAAGGUGCUGAGCCACGCGCGUGUGAUUCCCAAGGCGCUGUUCUUCACGAGUCUGGUGGCCUCGGGCAAUUAUCGCGACUGGAGCGAUCUGCAGACGCUCAGGCGGCUGUGGAGUGGGCCGAUUGUGCUGAAGGGGAUUCAGACGGUCGAGGACGCGCACCGGGCCAUCGAGCACGGCAUGGACGGCAUCAUCGUGUCGAACCACGGGGGGCGGCAGCUGGACGGGGCGAUUGCGUCGCUGGACGCGCUGGCGGAGAUCGGGGCCGACGAGAAGGUCACGGGGUCUGGGCUGACGGUGCUGUUCGACAGCGGGAUCCGGACGGGGUCUGACGUGCUGAAGGCGAUUGCGCUGGGGGCGAAGGCGGUGCUGGUGGGACGGCCGUAUGUGUACGGGCUGGCGAUGGGCGGGGAGGAGGGCGUGCGGCACGUGCUGCAGUGUCUGCUGGCGGACACCGACUCGAGCCUUGCCAAUCUCGGGCGCAGGAGGCUCAGCGAGAUCACACGCGGCGAUCUCAGGGCGCACGGCGCGAAGCUGUAG